UUUUAGGGUUUCCUUAUACAUAAUUUUUUUUCUCAGAUAUUUUGGUUUUUUCGUCGUCACAUUGUCUCUUCAUUGUUUAAAAAUGUACUUUCUGGUGAUGCCCAGGAAUCUUGUUUUUAUUGUCUUCUUUGUUCUUACCCAUUAUUUAUAUAUGCACUUACUUUUUAACUCAUGUAUCAGUUAAAUUUUUUCGAGACAAAACUUACAUUAUGUUCCACAUUAUCUUUUCUGUGUAUCCUUUGAUUUUAAUGUUAAACUUGACAAUGGUGUUUAAAUGCUUGCUUGUUUUGAAUGGUUGCAAAUGCUAGUGGAUUGUGUUUUAUUGCAUCUUCAGAUUCAUGUUUUUGUUUCAAGUUCUUGAUUGUUACUAGGAACUAAGAAUGGGUUAUGCUAUUAUGCUUUUGUUGUUGUUUUUAACGAUGGUUAACAUUCCUGGGAAAACAGAUGAUGAUAGAUUGUUGCUAGCUGGACUCUUUUCCCGUUGGUCUUUGCUGUAAACAACUCGAAAUGACCAUCAAACAGAGUGCACAACAAAAGAAGAUUGUGCUGUUCGAAUGUCAGAAAGAAGGGUUAAGUGAGGCUGUCCCGGAAGAGCUGCUUGAACAGGGAGGUUGGGGGAAGAAACAAUGGAAUGCAACUGCACAGCAAUUUGAUGCUACAAUUUGUGCAAAUGGUAGCCAAAAUGCUCGAGGUUAUGAAGUAUGGAAACAAAUUGAAGAUGAAAGAGUUUGUCCUACUGAAAAAAGACUAUUGUUUGAAGGGAAAUUAACUAAGGAAAACAAUUCUGAGGGAGGCAAUAACCGUCUGUUGAUCCUUGCAAACUCUGCUGAGUUAAUGUCAGAAUCUGAGGAUAACAUACGUACAGUACAUCUAAAUACUCAAGAUCACGAAGAUAAUAAUUGGGAUAAAGCUGAUGAAAUGCCCCUAUUUGCUCAUGAGAGAAAUGAAGGCGAUGGAUCUCAUGGUGAAGGAACAGUGACCCGGUUAAGUCAAAUCCGACGCCAAGCUCGCCAUAAAAGCCAAUCAUUCAUGCAACAGAGUAUCCAAAAGGGCACUUAUAGGCGCUUGCAAGGAAGUAAAACCCGCCUGACUGAAAUUCGCCGUCAAGCUCGUUCUGGAAAUCAUGUAUCAAUGCAAGACGAUAUAACCGGAUGUUCACAUGGCAAGUUUGUUGGAGGGAUAACACGCUUGACUCAAAUUCGGCGUCAAGCUCGGUCUAAGAACAAUUGCUCACUGCAAGAAGGAACUGGAAAGCAUAUGCACAGGCAAUUAGAUUGCCAAUUUCAUGAGGAUAAUAUGUUAGAUAUGACAUGGAAGGUUUGCAUGAAAUAAGUGUGCCUUUAAUUUCUGGGAUGCCAAUUAGUGAAGAUUAUAUAGAGGGUCACUCUAAAAGCGGAACUCUAAUAUUUUGAUUUUUAUUACUUUUCAGUGUGAGAUAUUCUGAAAUCAUCUUACACUUUAAAUUCCCUGCGAGGAGCAUCUAUCUUGAUCCAAGCUAUCCAUGAAAUACUCCAUGUAUAAUAUCUGCUUUGAUUUUCAUGACAAUAUUAUUUAGCUGCUUAAAAGUAAUUUUCUAUUACAUUACAAUUAAGCAACUUUAUAUUCAGUUUCAU